CGGAGGAAACCGGAGAUCAUGUGUUAAAUUUUUCAGACUUAUACAACAUGCGUAUAGAAACGUGUUAUUUUUGUUCAUCCCGGAUAUAUCCGGGACAUGGGAUUCAAUUUGUAAGGAAUGAUUGUAAGAUAUUCAAAUUUUGUCGUUCAAAAUGCCAUGCUGCAUUUAAGAAGAAGAAGAAUCCCAGGAAAGUCAAAUGGACCAAAGUAUAUAGAAAGACUGUCGGCAAAGAAUUGACAGUGGAUCCAUCAUUCGAAUUUGAAAAAAGAAGAAACAUACCCGUCAAAUAUAAUAGAGAAUUAUGGUCCAAGUCUGUGGAAGCAAUGAAGAAAGUGGAGACUAUUAGGCAGAGGCGACAGAACCUACACAUUAUGCAACGGUUACACAAGGGAAGGGAAUUGGAAGAGGAGAGAGAUAUUAAGGAGGUUAAACGUGAUUUGUCUCUUAUUCGCUCACCAGCUGCUGGUCUCAAAGAGAAGAAGAAACAAGAAGAAGCAGCUGAAGAGCAAGAACAAAUGUAUGUAGAUGAAGAAUCAAAUGAACUUGAAGCCGAGGAAAUGGAAGCCAACUAAAUCGUUACAUGUAUUUUGUGUUAUUAUUUUAAUCUGUAUUUCACAAGUUUCUCUAUUAUGUAGAAUAAAUUAUAAGUUAAUA